AGAACUCAGAAAAGGACGUGUCUGUUUUUUGCCUGUAUAAAUGGCUCCAACCUGUUUGAAGUUUUCUGUUGAAUGCGCCCAUUUACACAGAUCCACUUCCGUGCAUAAGCGGUUCACUAAACACUUCCAGUGGAGUUGACAAUUUUGGGCUCUAAAGUAUCAACAGGAUACCGUAAACGACAUUUGUGUGUAUAGAAAAUCCAACAAGGCGCAUAUUGAAGUACGAAGUGUCCCUUUGCUAUGGCCAAAUUGCAAUUGGCCUCCAGCUUGGAGGAGUUAAAUAGAUAUGCUGAAAGUUCUUUUGUUGACUUGCGGAAGAUUAAAAGUCCCUUGGAAGUGGCCAAGAAACUACUUCUUACGUUAAAAACCUCCACAGAUGACGACGAAAAAACUUAUGUCCUAUUAUUCCGCUUCUUAAAAACCUACCGUUAUUUACUAGAGACUGACGAUAAAGAUUACAUUACUAAACUAUUGGGAACAGAUGCUACUAAGGCUACUUCGCAGCUAAAUCUUUUAACUCAGCGAUUAAAUUCGCGUUAUUCGGACAUAAAGCGGAAGGAAGAAGAAGAAGAGACUUUAAUAGCCAUAAUUGAUUCGCAAUCGGUGGAAGAUAUGAAGAGUACAGUUUUUAACAAUGAGCCAUUCAUAUCCUGCAUCGAUUUAUACGAAGUGCUGUCAAAUUCUUCUCACAACAUAUUGGUCAUUGACGUACGCAGCGAGGAUCAUUUUCAGGCAUCUCACCUCAAGCCUUCGAUUAACUGUAUAAACAUUCCAGAAGAUGUCAUUCACUACGGACUGUCCGCCAAUACGCUCGGUAGAUACGUGCCACCUAAAUUUAGGGACCAUUGGGACAAACGCGACUCUUUCGACUGCAUCGUUUUAAUGGACUGGAAAACUUCAUCCUACCAGUUUACCGGUUCGCGUUUGCACAAAUUGAAAGUUAUUCUAUCUGAGUGGGACGUGAACCGUACCUAUCACGAAAAACCCACCAUUUUAAACAAAGGGUAUUUAGAGUUUGUGGAGAUGUAUCCGACUAUGUGUAUUACGAUGGACGAUAGUCAAAUGAUGACAAUGAUGGACGACAUCGUGGACCUGACUGAGAUCAACUAUCCGGAAUCUAGUAGGCGAGAGGACUACACGUUGCCCUUCUCCUUGAGUGAAAUUCCUUCGGGAUCAUCGGAUAUUGAAGAGAUAGAAGAGUUGGUGUCAAUUUACGAUAUUGACAAGGACGUAGCCCUAGAUACACCGAUUGAAGACGUAGCGCUGCCUUUCGAAGAAUUACCUGACUUGGAGAAGUCCAGUACCUCGCUCGAGGGUACGGUGAACGUUGAGGACUUGCUGGCCGCUGCGAGACAAGCGAAAAAACCUGUUCUUGGUGAUACGAAAAGUACAGAAUCUCUAGUUGAUCCUGAUGAGAAACCUGUUGUUGACCGUUCAACAAAACCAUCUAGCUCGGAUUUAUCUCUUUCCCCACGUUGGCAAUGUCGCGAUUCUUACGUUGGCCUAACGGGACUGAUCAAUAUAAAUAAUACGUGCUAUAUGAACACUGUGAUUCAGUGCCUCAGGCACCUAUACCCCAUUAUGGAAUUUUGCUUUGACUCGAAUUAUAUGGAUAAAGUAUGCAGACCGGUACCAAAGAUAGUGGUACAGUUUGUUGACCUUGUUAGAACUUUAUGGGAAUACAAAACGAAAGCGCAUCGACCAGUAUCAUUUUACAACCAAUUUAUACAAUCUUUUAGCAUGUAUGGAAGUGGGCAACACGAAGAUGCGACUGAAUUUUUUAUUCAUCUUUUCUCUUCGCUCAACGAAGAUUGUACACAACCGGAACAAAAAGAAGCUCACCAAUACGACAACCCGUCAUGUUUUAUCGAAAUGUUUUACUACAAGUUAGACGUGGUCUAUGGUUGUAGAAACUGUACGGGAAAAAUAAAAUCAAAAACUGAAUACGAAAACAUAUUGUACCUAACUGCACCGAACAAGGCCUUUGAUUUGUCUGCCACCAUCAAAUUUUACCUGUGUCAGGAGAGAUUUCAGUGCAAGCACUGUGAGAAGAGUUAUUGUUACGAGAAAAACUUUCUAAUCUUGCCUAAAAUUAUGACAAUAGCGUUGAAGCGACACGUUCAAACUGGAGUGGUACGAGGUCAUGUUCCAGUGUUUAGUAAGAAUGAAGCACCUUGUAAAUUUGCUUAUAAAAUAGAAUUGGACGACCAAAUUUAUGCGUUAAAAGCCAUCAUUUUGCACUCGGGAACAGUGAAUGCGGGACAUUAUACUGCAGUAUGCAGAAACCACUACGACGAAAAGUGGUAUUUAUUCAAUGACGAAUCUGUAUCGCUCGCCAACAUGCGCAGUUCAGAAAUCGCCAAAUCGGCGUACGCCUUUUUCUAUUGCAUGGAGGAGUGACGUUAUCAUGCCUCCUAAUUACAGUUUAUUUUCCGAGUAUUGGGAAGAUAAGCAUUUUUGUUGUUUUCUGAAACGUGUAUUGCAUCAAUACUAACAUUUUAUGUACCUGAUUCAUCACUUUAGGUAUAUUGAUGGUAGAAUUGCCUAAAAUUGUGCUGUGAGACAAAAUUUGGUCAUUGUUAUACCACAUCAAGUCUUUUUCCCAUGCUUUGCACCAUUGGAGUAAUUUUUGAGUUUUUUCUACAUUAGAGAUGUUUCCAUUUACUGAUACUAAAAAAGUGUCACUAUCAUAGAUCAAAAUUUUUUUAAUACUCAAAUUUUACGGGAAGAAGCUGUUUUGCAUAUUUUUGUUGCCUUUCAGCAUUAAGAUAGUUUGCGUGCUUUUCUCGGUGCCCAAAUUUUGACGCACUGUAAUAAUGUGCAUAAGCAAAUUGUGAUCUACAAGUUGUUUCCUACAUCAGAAGUAGUUGGAAAAUGUAUUUUUUUAAAAUUGACUGAUUACAUGUAUAAGAGUACGUAAGGGAUAUUCUGGCCAAGAAGUUUGUAAUAUUGUACGCAUUGUGAUAUUAAAUUAAAAAAUCUCAUUAAUUUAA